AUGAAAUCUCAUACCAUCGCUGAAACUGUAAUUUUACCUGCAUGCCAGGAAAUAGUGAGGAUAAUGUUUGGAGAGGAUGCUGUAUCAGAUCUAAAUAAAAUUCCAUUUUCUGACAACAUAAUAAGUAGGCGCAUUCAAGACAUGUCAGGAGACAUUGAGUGCAAUAUUAAGUCAAAAAUACUGAAACAUAAGUUGUUUGCACUUCAAGUUGAUGAGAGUACAGACAUCACUGGUAAAUCACAGCUCCUUGUAUUUGUUCGUUUUAUUAAUGAUGAAACUAUUGUAGAAGACGUCCUGUAUUGCAAAGAGUUGCCAGAAACAAGAAAAGGACAAGAUGUAUUUGAUGUUUUAAAUUCAUAUUUAGAGUAUUGUGGAUUGAACUGGAAAAACUGUGUUGGUAUUUGUACAGAUGGUGCCCCUGCAAUGACAGGAUGUCUUAAAGGCUUUGUCCCAACCGCACAAAAACAAAAUUCAAAUGUUUCAUUCAUAGAGAAGCACUAG